GAUCACCGAGUCGGACCUUCCGCUCCUCAUUGGCUCAGUGUUAGCCGACGAUGCAAAGCACGGCCUGCGCGUGUGCACAAUGCUUUCCGAAUUCUUCCUCUCUCAUUCUUUCUCCACCUCCUCUAGCAUUGCACCUUACGUCCGAUGAUGAAUUACGCUGGAGCGACGCUGACGGGCAUGGUUGGCGGUGGAACGCCUCGUCUGAAGUCUUCGAGGACCAACGUCGCUCGGAAACCCCCCGCCGUAUCUCGAGCUCAGAAAGUCGCGAUGCUGAAUACCUACGCAACGGCAGUCACUGCCCCCAUCCUCUGGGUUUCGGCGAUGAUGCCGCUCCAAGCUGCGACCGCGGCCGACUAUCAGAACUACGCUGAUGCGUUGUACGAAUACACGUCCCAAAUGCCACCACGCACGCCUGUAAAGAGGUUGGAGCCCCAUCCGAGAGGGACUUGGCGCAUCACUGUCGACAACCCUUCAGCUGGGACAGCAGGUGUGCCACGGUCCGCAGUUGCUCGACUCGUUAUUCCCUCGAAAUUGAAGUCGGGGCCGACGCCCCCAUCUCCUCCCACUACCUCUUCUCGAUCAUCGGUGCCACCGACGAGUCCUGUGCUCAAACCAUCCUCCACACCCACACGUCCAGACGCUUCACCCAAUAAGACACCUCCCGUGCCAGAUUCGCCAAAGUCAGCUUCUACGAAAGCCGAUGCCGCAAAUCUGACCCUGACUCCUGGCUCCGAGUCUUCCGAUUCGUCGCGCAGCGCUUCCCAAGAUAUGACAGUCACUUCCCCGCACCCAAUCGCCGAAAUCCCCGCAUCCACAGCCAUCCCGCCGGUUUCCCUCGUGGCGACACCGAGCUCGACAAAGAAUUCAGGAGCGUCAUCCACGAUCUGCAGCCCCUCCCGUCCGUCAGCCGCAGCCGCACUCGUAGCCACGGUCGCACCGAAGAGCUGGCAGCCACGAAAUGUUCCCUGGAGCUACAUCCCUGGCGUCAGCUACAGCUACAGCGACUGCAGCGACUACAGCGACACGCCCCCGGGGUCAGUUGCCCCGCUCGGCCGACAUACCCCAACGCUCAUUCUGCGUUCAAUUCGGCCGCCGCAUCAUGGGACCGUGUCGCAUUGCUGGGAGGAGGAGGAGCAGACGGAUGCGGAGGCCGAAUGGGGUGUGUGUUACCCACGUGAGGCUGGGCGAGAGGGCGAGUGUCUCGCUGUGAGUGUUGCGGGACCUAUUCUGGUGCGGACGAGGUUCGUCAAGCCGGGGGAGACGACUGCGGUGAAGUUUUGCUUCUAGACGACUGCUUUAUGAUGUGUUAUGACUGUGACGACUACUGACGAGUGACUCGCUUACUUACUUGACCGGCUUUAUGAUGCCGAGCUGACCCUCCUUUACGAUAUUUGAAUGUUGUUUUACGAGAGUAGCGCUAUGUGCUAUGCAUAUCUGUCCUUUACAAAUCCAUGUACAUACAUCUUGUGUCAAAUGUAUGUGCUACCUACCUAGUUGCCACCAGCAAUGAUUGAUGGAAUGUUGCCCGGUCCUUAGGCCCAAGAAUUCUCUUUUCAAUACAUAUAAAUAGCAGGCAGUCACCAUCGACCAGAGACUACCGUUGACCA